AUGACGGUCGAACAAGCGCAUUCGUCAACGAACUAUAACGGUGUUGUUCCUCAAAGCGAAUCCACCCAACAACCGACACUAGACCUCGCCCCCGCCAGAUUCCGCCCUUUUUCCGUCGCAGGCACAAUGCCAACGAUAGGCGCCAGAAAUUCCAACACAGCCCCGAUUCGGUCCAAUAAAACACUUACUGCACAAUCUAAAGUUGCUAUUCCUCGCCAACGGGUCGCAACUGCCCAGCACUAUAAUAGACGAGUGCCUCGCGCUUGCGCAUCCUGCAGGCAACGUAAGACGAAAUGCAGUGGGGACACCCCGGUUUGUCGCCAAUGUCGUGAGCUGAGAGCUACGUGUAACUACCCCGAGGGUUGGAAGGAGAGAACGAAAAAACAGGUUGAAAAUUUAUCCGAGAAAGCGCAAGAAUAUGAGAAUCUGCUGAAGGAGUUGGGGGGCAUGGUUGAGUUCAGUGUCGCGGAGCGGAUCAGGAGCUUGCUGGACAAGCAUGGCCCGGAAGUGGAUUAUACGUCGCAUAAUUCCCAGUCUCAAUCAGUAACCCCUCAGGAUGACGUUCCAGAAAACGAUGAACCAUCCUCGCCUUCCUCUAUUGGCUCUCUUGAGGCGAUUGAUCGAGUAGAAGAGGACAUCAAUCGAUCAGAACAUGCCAGAGCAACUGGUUAUAUGGGAAAAAACUCAGAAAUAACCUGGAUGCAACGGCUACAGAGAGAGGCAGAUCAACGUUCUAAAGGUCUUCCGGGAAGUCUGGAGCCAGGCCAGGAUCUAAAGACCGAUAAUGCACUAUCUUUGCAUGCGGUCAAUUAUCAUCUUGAUGACUUGGAUAUUUCCGUGCCCGGACCGGUACAACUGUAUGCCAUGCCUCCUCGAGACGUGGCGGAUCAUAUGUUCGACGCUUAUCUGACUACCGUGCAUCCAUUCUACCCCAUCAUCAACAAACCUCUUUUCUCGGCACAGUACCGGACAUUCUUUGACAGCGCUGCUAGACCCGGUGACAAGUGGCUUGCUAUAUUGAAUAUGAUAUUCGCAAUCGGGGCUAAACAUGGCCAUCUCAUCGACGCACCAUGGCGCGGGGACGAGAAAGACCACUUGGUAUACCUGACCAGGGCUAGAAUUCUGAGUAUGAACGGCGAUGUCUUGUUCAGCCAUCCCGAUCUCCAGCAAGUUCAGGUGGAGGGCUUGAUUGCCUUCUAUCUUCUGGCCUCUGAUCAAAUUAACAGAGCGUGGAGAAUCUCGGCUUUGGCAGUGAGGUCUGCAAUCACACUUGGAAUCAACAUGAAAAGCAGUAGUCCAACCACACCUGAUCUUUCGAAAGAAGCUCGUUACCGUGUCUGGUGGUGUCUUUAUACAUUUGAGCACAUGCUCGGAAUAAUGACUGGUCGGCCAACUUGUAUCCAAGACAAAGUGUGCACCUCGCCUUUCCCGAUUCCAUUUGAAGAAGAACAACUACAAGAGCCCGAUGCCCUCGAAGUACUCACAGACACUACAUUGCGAGACGAACGAAUCAACAACAUCAUGGCAAGUGCGAGUAUCAGACAAAUGCCGUUCCACCCGGUAAAUGGUAAGGAUGCUGGUAACCACACUCGAGCACGAGACAAUGAAUGGAUCAAAAACCUGCCUGCCAACUACGGGCUCUGUUAUCUUUACUAUUGCGAUCUGUCAGUCGUCGUGCAAGAAAUUGUCAAUAAAGUCUAUUCAGUAGACUGCGUGAUGGUGCCGUGGGCACAAAUCGAGGCCCGAAUUGGUGAGCUCAAGUCCCGAACUGAGAUAUGGCAAUCCAACCUUCCAACCGGGCUUGACUUCACACGCAAAGAGGAUAAUGGACCAGAUAUCCUUCGCUGCAAACUGACCUUAGCGCUACAUUACUACAGUGCGCGGAUCACACUCGGCCGUCCCUGUCUCUGCCGGCGUGACGCGCGCCAGGGCCCGCAGCCUUCUUUCAGUCACGAGAUGGCAGUGGUAACUUUGGAAUCCGCACGGCUCAUGCUGGGUCUGAUCCCGGAUGAACCGGAUGCUCUCCAGCUGUAUCAGAUUGCUCCAUGGUGGUGCAUCCUCCACUAUCUUAUGCAAGCGGCGACCGUUCUCCUCCUCGAGCUGUCUUUCGGCACCGUCCACAUGCCAGAAGAAGAAAAUAACUUCAUCAACCUGUCUAAAAAAGCAAUCCGCUGGCUUUUCGCAAUGUCCGAGCAGAGCAUUGCCUCGCGACGCGCCUGGCAGCUCUGUGACCUCAGUCUCCGCAAAUUGGCCCAGGGUAUGAAGUACGACGUCAGUGACAUGCCUUCCUACCCAUAUACCCCAGAGCCUGCAUCCACUAUCAGCUCGGAACCGCCAUCCGACCAGUCCAAGUCUCAUGUCGCUGGCGACUACUGGAGUCCACAGCUAGAACAUCCCCCGGUGUCUAUUCCGAUGGCACCGGCUGGUGAAGAACAGCACACAUACCCGAGUGUCUCGACUGCGGAUCUGAUGGAAUCGUUGACGGCCGAGGCCCAGGACUCGUUCUUUCCUUAUGAUCCCAUCAGCGGGGAGUUUAUGCGCUCUUUCUUUCCCCAUUCAAAUGAGAAUGUGAACUGGGAAACUUGA